CUGUGUGCUAACAUAAUAAAGUUAACCGAGCAGUUCAGCCCUGUGCGUAUCUGGCUGCACCUUAGAACCAGCAGGCUUACAGUAAAAGAGAAAAAAAAGAACGAAAAAAAGGGAAGAGGAAGAGAGAUCUGUUAGUGUUGUGUUUGGGGUUUUUUUGGCCAGUGAAAGAAGUUUAAGCAACGUCUGCUCUGACUUCGUGGUUAUUUGUCUUCUGAGGCUUGAUGACAGGCUCUCCAAUGGCAAGCUCGAUUUUGAAGAUGCCUCUCCAAAUCAGUCUUCGGCACCUGCUGUUAUUUCAGCUGAUGGUUCUGGGGGCUUUUGGUCAAGACUGGAGUGUGAAAUACACUCAAACUCGAAAAUGUGCUUUAAAAGGAUCCACAGUGUAUAUGUCCAGUGAUUACAGAUAUCCAUCACAUCUUGAAGUGGUGAAGAGGUUUUGGGCAAUAAAUCCAGCCAAAAAUGUGGAACCAGUUGAUCUGACUACAGAUCCAGAAUAUUCAGGCAGGACUGAAUACUUUGAAGGUGGAAAUAAACUUUUCUAUCUCAAACUGAUGAACGUGACUGAGAGGGAUGAGCACAUGUACUGUAUCAGAAUCACAACAAACAUAGAGUCACAAAGAUAUUUAUUUUAUCCUGGAGUGACCCUCAACGUCACAGGCCUCAGAGUGGAGAGUCCUGAACGUGUUUCAGAGGGAAAUACGACACGGCUGACCUGUUGGACCACCUGCCCUCUGCCAGACAGACCGACAUACAUCUGGUAUAAAAACGGACGGUGUGUCGAUAGAAAUGAUAAAGAAACUAACGUCCUGUCCCUGCGGCCGACUAGAAUAGAGGACACAGGCAGUUACAGCUGUGCUGUGAGAGGAUAUGAAGGCCUUCCUUCUCCUGCUGUCGUACUCAGUGUCAGAUAUUCUCCGAAGAACAUCUCGGUGUCCAUCAGUCCCUCUGGUGAAAUAGUGGAGGGCAGUUCAGUGACUCUGACCUGCAGCUGUAAUGCAAACCCACCUGCGGAUGAGUACAGCUGGUUUAAGCAGAAACAGUUUCUUGGAAAGGGCAAAGAUUACACCAUCUCUAACAUCAGCUCUGAGGAUGGUGGAGAGUACAAGUGCAAGACCAGCAAUGCAGAGGGUCAGCGGUACUCUAGUAGUGUAAUGCUAAAUGUUGUUGUUGGGCCAACUAUGGUGCAUCAUGCAGUUAUUGCAAUCAUUGUCUCCUGUACAAUCAUAUUCUUUGCUGUCUCCAUGGUGUUUCUGAGGAGGAAGAAAAUGUGCUGCUGGUCUCAGGAUCGCACUGCAAAGCAGGAGAACAUUUAUAGCAACAUGGCAGUCCAAACCCCAACCAAUAGCGCACCACUAUCCAAUACUGGUCCAGUCUAUCAAGAUGAAAAUCAGUAUGCCAGUAUUGCACACCAUGACGAUGGUUCUUCAGCUUCUGCUUCUGGGGCCUUUGAGGAGGUUCAGUAUGCCAGUGUCCAGCACCGCCGUGAUAAAGUAGUAAAGAAGGCUCUGGAGGAGGAAAACGUACCGUAUGCUAGUGUCAGUUUUAACCGUUCACCCAGGCCUGCUGAGAUGUUGGAUGAUCCUUCAGUGAUCUACAGCACUGUCAAAUGAUCGUCACUAACAAAUUCUGCUGAUGCAAUAACAGCCUGGGAUCUAUUCCUGAUCAAUGUCUUCAACAUAGUCCUCUGGAACAGCGGUCACCAACCCAGGUCCAGGUCUACAUUCCAGUGGAAUCUAGUUCCAACCAUAAUCUGACACAGCUGCUUCCUUUUAUUUGUUUCUAUAAAAUAUAGGAAGUUUUCUGAAGUAUUUAUCAGUACCGUUUCAAUUCCACCUUAACUCUUCAGUUUACUAAGGGUGAAUCUUUAAGAAAAUGAAUUUAGCAAGUAUUUUGAGGACCCUGUGAGAAGAAAGAACAAUAGAAAGAUAGUCAUGAUAGACGUAGACACUGAAAAGUAAGCUACUUCAGUAAAACCUUAAAGUAACCUUAAAAGUACUUUAGUACUGCCUAAAAAUCCAUUAUUUUUCCAAGUGAAAUUGGACAGAACUUCAUAAAUAUACAGCACUUUCUGCUAAUUUACUGAUCUGAGACAUGCACAUUAUGACUUGUUACAGUUGUUGUAGAUCCAGUGGCCACUAUCAAGAAUAAUCCUUAGCAUAUCUUGGAUAACAGGCAGAAAGCCAAAGCGUGCAUUGGUGUGCAGCUAAUGCGGUGCAAGACAGUGAAGGUCUAAUGUCUGUAGAUUGCAUACGGGGUUAGAUGCAAUGUCUGUGACUUUAUCCUGCUCUAUUGUGCCAUCUAGUGUUGAUUGUCAUCAAACUAUAUGCUUUAACCUUCAGAAACCCAAGCACUGAUUUUGUUGAUGUGGUUUUAUUCUUUUUUUUUUCUUUUCUUCUGGAAACCAUUUUCAGGAAGCCACCGACCAAAAAUAGUAUGAUGUUUUUUUUCUUUGGGGGGAUCCUGGAGAAAGGUUGCAACAUUGUGAUUUAAUCAUUUUUUAUUUUUAUUUAACGUUCAUGUGCCUAUACCCCACAAAAUGUUUAACAUAUGUUAUGUAUCUUAUUUUCUAUGUAAACAGUCAUUCAGUGUAAUAUUUUAAAUGUAGUAUUUUGUAUAAAUAUAAAAGUACAUCAGCAAGGUUUAAUGUAUUCUCUUCCUCAAAAUGUCCAGCUUUAUUUAACAUCACGUGUGUGGAUGUAUGGACUAGUUGAAAACGUGCAGGACAGGGGUUCAGCUAGACCGGAGAAGAUACUGAUUAAAGUGGAGUAAAUAGGGCCAUUGAAGAUCGAAGUGUGCUAAAACAUGGUCAAAAUCGAUUGCUGCAUUUACAAAAAUGCACAUUUUUAUUAUUAGUUUGUAGUUCUACA